AUGUCGCCUGGGGCUCCUCUGAAAGCUUUAUCUAGAAGAUUAAACAAGCGCCGUGCCACUUGGUGCCUCGUUCCACCUAUAACCCGCACUCUACCAAGUUUCAUUCCGCGACCCUAUUCUACCUACUCGGCACAGCCUCCACCGGAACUAUCCUCGGCCAAGGGAGCCCUCCUAGGAGCUCUAUCCAGAAAUUUAGACAAGCGCCGGGAGACUGGCCGCAUACUCGAGAUACCUGAUCCAGUCGCGCAAGCAAAUGCAGUCGAUUUCGGCUCCAACGAUGUUCUGUCCAUCUCCACAGGCCUUCUCCGAGAGGAACUUUUUCGCGAGCUAGAAGACCACCCUGACUUCGCAGUUGGAAGCAGAGGGAGCCGAGUUUUGGACGGUAACAGUCGGUAUGUGACGGGACUGGAAGCUCACUUGGCGCAGUCGCACAAUGCAAAAGACGCCCUAUUGUUCAACUCUGGCUAUGAGGCCAAUAUUGCUAUUUGGACAACCAUCCCUCAGCCAGGGGACGUCAUCGUCUAUGACGAGCUCGUUCAUGCUAGCAUUCACGACGGCAUAAAAGGCACACGGACUACGCAAGUAUUUUCGUUCCAGCACAAUAAUCCAGCAUCAUUCGAGGAAGUAUUAAGAUCUAUAAAGACUUGCCACCCAGAAAUUGCCCAAGGCAGCAGAACGCUCUUCGUGGCGAUGGAAUCUGUAUACAGCGUGGAUGGCGAUAUUUGCCCCGUCCAUCAAUUCGUCAACUCGGCCAAGGAGAUUUUACCUUUCGCAGAUCGGGUAUUUAUGAUUGAUGAGUCUCAUUCUUGUGGCAUGAUUGGACCUAUGGGUUUAGGUCUCGUGUGCCAUUAUGGCUUGGAGAACGAAUUCGCACUCCGUUUGCAUACAUUUGGCAAAGCGAUAGGCUGCACCGGCGCCGCCCUUUUCUGCGAUCCGGUUAUCAAACAUACACUCUUCAACUAUGCGCGGAACUUUAUUUUCACAACAGGCCCUACCUUUAUGGUGUUGGCGGCAGUCAAAGCCGCGCAUAGGAUCAUUGGAGGCGCCGAAGGGGACCUACGCCGGGAACGGGUUCAAAAAAACAUCUCUCACUUCUACGACUGCCUCCAGAGUCACCCUCAGUGGGAGACGUUCUACCAGACGGGUAGGCUGCGGAUAGUCGAGGAAGACUGGCGAUUGCAUCGAUUCAGAACGGCAGUUACGCCCCUGAUCACUCAGCCCGGAGAAAGUCGUGCGCUGCAGGCUCAGUUGUUAAAAGACGGCUUUCUAGUCCACGCCCUCCAGUACCCAAUCGUCCCCCUCGAUUCAGAGAGACUCCGAAUAAUGUUGCACGCGGAUAACACACCGCAGCAGGUCGAGAGCUUUGUUGAGGCUAUCAUGCGGUGGGCUCGCCAGAGGUAUUACCCCCCUCGCAGUUGUAAGUUGUGUGAUGCAGCAUAG